AUGAGCGAAGAACCAGAAGAGAAAUACACAGGUCCGAUUCUGCACAAAGCGCCUGAAAUGAUUGUGACGGUCGGCACAGGCGGACUCCCGACUUCAAUACCGAUCCGACGAGACCAGAAUAUUCCGUACAGAGGACCGCCGCCAAGGAAACGAGUGAUCAGAGCGGAUGAAUACAACGCGUACGAGGUAAGAAAAUCAAGGACUUGUAAACGAAAAUUUGAACUUUUAAAUUCAGUCAGUUGAUUAUAACCGACCGGGACCAUCUCAUCAAACAGAAAAACAGAAAUUGGAAAGACUUUUGGCGCUCGGAGGCCUCGGACCGACUCCGAAAGCCGUACUUGCGAGUGCGACGAGGCCGAAGUCGUGGAAUCCGAUAGAGGAAAUGCGGAUAAAUAAGAGGAAAAAAGAACAGAAAAGCCCGCUGAAUGCGAGCAUCAUGAGUGUUCUCGGCACUUCGACCGAGACAAUGACGGACGACGCCGAGGCAUUAGGUCAAAUUACUGUGGGCAAUCAGACUGUGGAGCAGGAGGAGGAACUGACGGAAGAGGAGAGACUCGCCAAAGAGGCCAAUGAUAAGGUGUGAGCUGAAAAAUUGAGUGAAAAUCUUGAUCCUUAUGUUUCAGAUUAUCAAUCGAUAUCGAGAGAUCGGUCGUCGAAUCUGCGAACUCGAGCUUUCCGAUUUUGCGGUCGAGAAACACAAAAGCGAUAGGAAGACGUUCAUGAUUGCGUCUCGCGGAGAAGAGAUUCUUGCGGCCGUCCGUCGCAAUCUGACCGUCAUCCAGAUGAAACUCGGCGAGCACGCGGCCGGCACCAUCUUCGAGCACGUCGACGCACUCACCAGCUCGUUCGCCAACGUCUCUCCUAAUGCGCUCACUCGCCUCAAUCGGAUUGUCAACGAAAAACUGAAAGAGCGCGCGGAAGCGGCGGUGACGGCGGCGAUGGCAGCAACAGCCGCGGCAGGAUCGGCGGAAGUGAAGGUGGAAGAGCCGGAGAUCAAGCAGGAGCCACCGGAAGACGAUUACAGUUACUGA